AUGUCAACCGAGCAAAACCAACAAUGCUCAUACCGCGAUGACAUCCUUCGCCAGUUUUCGGAUCGCGAGCAACGCCUUCGGCCAGUUCAGCAAAUGUUUCGCAAUUAUAAUGCGCUUGCCGAGAAGCUGGCACGUUCAAGGCAUUCUCGUGCAUCGGCGAGCAUUCCGAAUCGAUCCACCGACGAUUUGAAAGCGCUGAAAGAGGAGCUCGCGACUGUAUAUAAGCGAAAAAGCAAAAACGACCAGGAUCUCAUUGAUGCGAAUCGGAGGCUCAUCGAAACCGAAUCAAAACUCGCACAAGCCAUUUCUCAGAGGGACAAAUUACGGGAAACAGUGAGCACACUUAGCACCAAAAUCGCCAAAAUGGAGAAAGAGGUAGAAGAUAUCAAAGAAUGCAAUAAUGAUCUGAAUAAGCUGCGACUUAGCUCGUUGGCUGAAAUUAAUAGUCUUACCGAGAAGCGGAAAGAGCUUGAGGAUGAGAGGCUCAUGCUGCUCAGCAAGAUACGAGAGCUUCAGGAGCAGCACGCCGAGUUUAUGAACGCGGAGCUCGAGCUUCAGGAGAAGAGGGCGCAGUUGAGGAUUCGAGAGCAAAUUGCCAAUGCUAUAAAGGACACCACCUACGAUGAGCGCGUUUCGUCGGCGUUCGGCAACUCUCCCGAUUCGUCUGGCGACGAUCUCAUAGCCGACGCGGUGCCCACUGGGUUGCGAUUUCGCCUCAACACUCACGAGGGCGACGUCAACGACGUCGAAUGGCUCAGCGAGGAUAUGUUCGCCUCGUGCGGCUCCGAGAACAAAAUUCGAAUUUGGCGAACGUCGGAGAAUCACAAAGAAGCCACCAAGGUCUCAUCGUUGGCCGGCUGCAUUCGCAGUAUUCUAAGGCUUGACUUCGAGCCGGAUCGUCGGGUGAUCCUCGGAUCAAGCACAGAUAAGACAUGCCGCAUAUGGAAUGUCGAUACGCAGCGAUUAGUGGCCACCUUCUCCGGCCAUUCGGAUAAGGUCACGUCAGCCAGGUUCUACCAAUUAAUCAACGUCGUGUCGGGCUCUAAUGAUCGGACCAUCAAACUUUGGGACGUCUCCAAUUUGCGAUGCGUGAGAACAGCGAUGGUCGGCUCAAGUGUGUUCGAUUUAGUCACCAAGUGCGGAACCCAACAGGCGAACUUCGCGUCGGCCCAUUUCGAUAAAAAAGUGCGAUUUUGGGACGCUCGAAUGACGGAUGCGGUUCGGACCAUUGAGCUCGGACACCGUGUCACCUCUCUAGAUGUCUCCUUAGACGGGCAGCAGAUACUCACGGCGUGUCGCGACGACACCCUUCAGCUCAUCGAUCUCCGAACGUUCGCCACACUCCACAUGUACUCGGCCGAACAGUACCGGACCACUUCGGACAUGACUCGCGCGGUUUUCUCGCCGACUGGAGAAUUUGUGGCCAGUGGCGCAGCGAAUGGAUAUAUUUUUGUGUGGAAUACCAAGACGACGAAAUUGGAGAAGGUUCUCCGACCGACUUGCAAAGAGAAUAACUCGAUUUUGUCGUUGUCGUGGAACCCGUCGGGUCGCGGACUUCUUGCCGGUGACAAACAGAAAUCGUGCAUGCUCUUCAGAUAA